GGCGGGCGCUGUAGCUGAGUCUGGCUGCAGGGGCAGAGUGAGCUGUGUGUGUGCAGGCUGUGUAUGCUGGCGGUGAGGGAAGCAGAGACAUAGGGUGCUGGCUGGAUCUGGACACCUAGGACGAGCUGCACAGGGAGGAGAAACUUUCUGGUAUUGCAGACCACGGCAAUGGCGCACACUACCCAUAUCUCCAAAGAUGAACUGGAAGAACUGAGAGAGGCCUUUGGCAGAGUUGAUCUGGACAGCAAUGGAUACAUUUCUGAUUAUGAACUUCACGAUCUAUUUAAGGAAGCCAACCUUCCUCUUCCCGGAUACAAAGUGCGGGAGAUCAUCCAGAAGCUGAUGAAUGAGGGUGAUAAGAAUAAGGAUGGCAAGAUAUGCUUUGAAGAGUUUGUUUUUCUUGUACAAGAAUUAAAAAGUAGUGACAUUGCCAAAACCUUUCGGAAGGCAAUCAACCGCAAAGAGGGAAUUUGUGCAAUUGGGGGCACCUCCGAGCUGUCUAGUGAGGGGACCCAACACUCUUAUUCAGAGGAGGAAAAAUAUGCCUUUGUAAACUGGAUAAACAAAGCCUUAGAAAAUGACCCAGACUGCAAGCAUGUUCUUCCCAUGAAUCCGAACACCAAUGAUCUGUUCCGAGCUGUAGGAGAUGGCAUAGUGCUGUGUAAAAUGAUCAAUUUGUCGGUAGCAGACACUAUUGACGAAAGGGCAAUUAACAAGAAGAAACUAACUCCUUUCACUAUCCAGGAAAACCUGAACUUGGCAUUGAAUUCUGCCUCUGCCAUUGGCUGUCAUGUGGUUAACAUUGGAGCAGAAGACCUUAAGGCUGGGAAACCUCACCUGGUUCUGGGACUGCUGUGGCAGAUCAUUAAGAUUGGAUUGUUUGCUGACAUAGAGCUCAGCAGGAAUGAAGCCCUGGCGGCCUUGCUUCGUGAUGGAGAGACUUUGGAAGACCUGAUGAAAUUGUCCCCAGAAGAGCUGCUUUUGAGAUGGGCAAAUUUCCAUCUGGAGAACGCUGGUUGGCAGAAAAUCAAUAACUUCAGCUCAGACAUUAAGGACUCGAGAGCCUACUUCCAUCUGCUAAACCAGAUUGCACCUAAAGGACAGAAGGAAGGUGAAGAGAGAAUAGAUAUCAACAUGUCUGGGUUCAGUGAGAAAGAUGAUCUGAAGAGAGCAGAGUACAUGCUGCAGCAGGCAGACAGGCUUGGCUGCAGGCAGUUCGUUACGCCUGCUGAUGUUGUGAGCGGAAAUCCCAAAUUAAAUCUUGCUUUUGUAGCAAACUUGUUUAAUAAAUACCCAGCACUUACUAAGCCCGAGAACCAGGACAUUGACUGGACACUCCUCGAAGGGGAAACUCGAGAGGAACGAACAUUCCGGAACUGGAUGAACUCCCUUGGAGUAAAUCCCCACGUUAAUCAUAUGUACAACGACCUACAAGAUUCUCUAGUAAUCUUACAAUUAUAUGAAAAGAUUAAAGUACCUGUUGACUGGAACAAAGUGAACAAGCCCCCAUAUCCUAAACUUGGAGCGAACAUGAAAAAGCUGGAGAACUGUAACUAUGCAGUGGACUUAGGGAAACAUUCUGCAAAGUUCUCCCUAGUGGGCAUCGGAGGGCUGGACCUGAAUGAUGGAAAUCAAACCCUGACCCUAGCAGUCGUCUGGCAACUCAUGAGAAGAUAUACACUUAAUGUGCUGGCGGAUCUCGGAGAUGGAGAGAAGGCAAAUGACGACAUCAUUGUCAACUGGGUAAACAGAACCUUGGCUGAAGCUGGCAAGACCUCUUCCAUUCAGAGCUUUAAGGAUAAGUCGAUCAGCACUAGCCUUCCUGUAGUGGAUCUAAUUGAUGCCAUACAACCCGGCAGUAUUAAUUAUGACCUCGUAAAGAAUGGGACACUUUCUGAUGUAGACAAACAUGAGAAUGCCAAAUAUGCUGUGUCUAUGGCCAGACGAAUUGGGGCACGGGUAUACGCCCUUCCCGAUGACCUUGUGGAAGUUAAACCCAAAAUGGUUAUGACGGUUUUCGCCUGUUUGAUGGGUCGAGGAAUGAAAAAGGUGUAAAUUUCCUACUCUCCACUGUGGAGGAACACGAGAACCAUAGGGUGUAUGGCUUGCAAUACCUGGCAGUUUGAGGCCUUUGGUACUGCCUGCAUAAGAACUUUGAUGGUGGCAAGACUUUCAGGUUUGCUUUGCAGCAUUAGAAACCUCCCGAUUCUCAGGAAGAAGCGCUGUAUAUGCCACAAGUGCUCUCUUUCCCACUUUGUACUUUCAGGAUGACUCCAAAAUGCAUUCAUUCAUGGACCAUUUGCAACUUUUAAUUUUUUACUUUUUUUUUUUUUUUAUUAUUAUUAUUAUUUUUUGUUGUAUUCCAGGCUCCAUAUAAAGGAUCUACAGUAAUAUAGGUACAUCAUCCAAGAUUUUUUUAUUUAUUUUUUAUUUUCUCCUAUAGUCAUUAUACAGCCCUGAUUUCAGCUAGCCACCCUAUUUUUCAAAAUACAUGUUUAAACAUAAAAAAAUUGGCACUAAGGUGAAUAACAUGGUAUCGAGUGUUACUUAUACCAAUAUAUGUGCCCAACAGCCGAUAAACAGGCAGUUAGAAACUGAUUGGGUGGUACUUUAUUCCUGUCCAAGUCUUGAUGCAUCUCACCCCUACUUCACAGAAAUUAUUUUCACAUCUCUGCCUUGUGGUUGUAGUAUUGGUCUUCUCACUUAUUCUUCAGUUACUUGUUUAAUAGGGAAAAUGAAUGCAUUUUUGUCUGCAUCUUGAUUCAUGCUUCAAACAUUACCAUAGAAAACAACUUUUUUUUUUUUUUUCUGAUGUUUUUUCUUUUUUUUUUCGUUUUUGUAUAAGGCCUGCAUGAACAUUUUUUUUUUUUUUUUUUUGUAACCAUUUUUAUUUAAAAUGCUAUUUACUAUAAAACCAACCUGUUUUAUCUGGAAAUGCUGGUUUCAUUCAUGCCAGGGACCAUACACUGCACGUAGCAGUAUGUUUGAUAUGUUUGCUUCUGGGAAAACGGAACAAAAGGGCCAAAGAAUUAACAUCUACAUUAACAUCUAUAUUUACAUAUAUUUAUAUAGCUUUGGCAACCUAUUUGCUAGAUUUUUAAGAUCAUGCUGCUGUUUUAUGCUGUUUAAAAAUGAUACGGUGGCAAAGCAGAAUAUAAAUAAAGAAAAUGUUUCAGCA